AUGGGUUAUGUGUUCGGUAGUGAUUGGGUUCACGACAGGUUUGAAGACGACAGAGAUUCUCGAUCCUCUCGACCUCCGAGACAGCCUCGUACGGAUAGAUACAACUCUGGCCCUGCUGACCAUGAUUCGCGCGGAGCAAAAAUUCGAGUCAGCAAUAUCCACUAUGACUUGACCCAGGAAGACCUCGAGGAGCUGUUCACCCGCAUUGGGCCAGUCUAUUCCGUCUCCCUUCUCUACGACAGAGCCGGGCGCUCCGAAGGCACCGCAUUCGUAACUUACAAACGACUCUCCGACGCCGAAACCGCCAUCCAUGAAUUUGAUGGCGCAAACGCCAAGGGCCAACCAAUUCGUCUCACCCUCGUCCCCAGCGCUGCCCCCCGACGCCGCAACCCAUUCGACUCCGCCGAGAUGCCAAAGGGAAGCCUGUUCGAUCGUGCCGAGCGACCGAGGGGAAGAGACAGUCGUAGUCUUAGCCCGGAGGCUGCUGAGGCUAGCGGUGGCCGAAGAGGUAGACGGAACAAUACCAAUCUUGCCCCGCCAGAUAACAUCGACCGGUACGUGCCUGGUCAGCGAUCGCCGAUACGGAAACAUGACUCGGGUAGAAACAGGGGUCGUCGGGGUGGUGGUGGUGGUGGUGGUAGAGACAGCAGGGAAGCAACUGGUAGUCGGAAUCGUGGGUCGGGAAGAAUGAAGAAGACGCAGGAAGAGCUCGACCAGGAGAUGGAGGAUUACUGGGGGAAAGCCAACGCUGAUACUGCUGGCGGUGCUAACAAUAAUGCCGCUGAAAACCAGCCCGCCGCUGCUCAACCCGCUGCUCAGCCUGCCCCUGCAGCUGGUGCUGAGGAAGACAUUGACAUGAUUGAGUGA